UCAUUCCUCUCGCUCGCUCUAGCACUGUCUCUCCAUCUUAGCGCUCUUCUGCCACUGCCUCGGCUUCGCUCUCUCUUUCACCCCCCUUUACCUCUUCCCCCCUCUCUCCCUCUCUCUCCCUCUCUCUCUCUCUCUCUGUCUCACUCACUUCUGCACACACACACGCACACACGCAAAGGCACGCGCACACGUACACGCACACACACGUGCUCACACACACACGCGCGCUCGCUCGUGCGCACACAGGCGCAGGCACACACGCAGACAUACCUGUGCAGGCUGGGGGGUUGCCGUACAGAGCCGGAGGUGUUAUUCUGCUACUGCCUCUGAAGCUCCUGUCACUUUGGGAGAAAAGCGGGUGUCACUCUUCUCCUCUGUCCUCUUCCGCCUCCUCUGACUCCUGGAAUGCUAAAACUGGACUGAUGGACAUUUCCGAACUUUGCAUCCCAGACCCUCUCAGCUAUCAUAACCAGGGCUUGUUGUCCGAUUCAUUAGAGCGAUUACGCAGUCCGCUGGCCACACUGGACUCCUCUCAUUUCUGGCUGCUGAAUAGAAUGGCCGCUGAUGACCGGCACCUGCCCUCCAGCUGCGGGAGCUACAUCAAGACGGAGCCGUCCAGCCCUUCCUCGGUCAUCGACACGGUCAGCCACCACAGCCCCAGCGGCAACUCGGACGCCAGCGGCGGCUAUGUCAGCACCAUGAACAGCCACUCCAACGGCCUGGACUCGCCGCCCAUGUUCACGCCGGGCGGGAUGGGGGGCGGGGCCUGUCGCAAGCGCUACGACGACUGCUCCAGCACCAUCAUGGAGGACUCUCCCAUUAAGUGCGAAUACAUGUUGAACUCCAUCCCCAAGAGGCUGUGUCUGGUCUGUGGAGAUAUUGCGUCGGGGUAUCACUAUGGCGUUGCCUCCUGCGAGGCGUGCAAAGCCUUUUUUAAAAGGACGAUACAAGGUAACAUCGAGUACAGCUGUCCGGCCACGAACGAGUGCGAGAUCACGAAGCGGAGACGCAAGUCCUGUCAGGCCUGCCGCUUCAUGAAGUGUCUGAAAGUGGGGAUGCUGAAGGAAGGUGUGCGUCUGGACCGCGUGCGGGGAGGCAGGCAGAAGUACAAGAGGAGGAUGGACGCCGAGAACACCACCUAUCUCGGCCUCACGCUCCCCCCUCCUGCCAAAAAACCACUUACGAAGAUUGUGUCGCAUCUGCUGGUAGCGGAGCCGGAGAAAAUAUAUGCCAUGCCAGACCCCACAAUGCCCGAAAGCGACAUCAAGGCCCUGACCACGCUGUGCGACCUGGCCGACCGCGAGCUGGUGGUCAUCAUCGGCUGGGCCAAGCACAUCCCAGGGUUCUCCAACCUGUCACUGGGAGACCAGAUGAGUCUCCUGCAGAGCGCAUGGAUGGAGAUCCUGAUCCUGAGCAUCGUGUUCCGCUCGCUGCCCUACGAGGACGAGCUGGUCUACGCGGAGGACUACAUCAUGGACGAGGAGCACUCGCGCCUGACGGGCCUGCUGGACCUCUACGUGUCCAUCCUGCAGCUGGUCCGCAAGUACAAGAAGCUGAAGGUGGAGAAGGAGGAGUUCGUCACCCUCAAAGCCAUUGCCCUCGCCAACUCAGAUUCCAUGCACAUAGAGGACGUGGAAGCAGUGCAGAAGCUCCAGGACUCCCUCCACGAGGCCCUGCAGGACUACGAGGGCAGCCAGCACCAGGAGGACCCCCGGCGGGCGGGCAAGCUGCUCAUGACCCUGCCCCUCCUGCGCCAGACCGCCACCAAAGCAGUGCAGCACUUCUACAGCAUCAAAGUGCAGGGCAAGGUGCCCAUGCACAAACUCUUCCUGGAGAUGCUGGAGGCCAAGGUGUGACGGACAGAUGGACGGACAACACCGCAGCGGCCAGACACACAGACAGAUGUCUGGAGCGAGGAGGGAGAGCUGCUGCUCGCUGUCACCCGCAGGCUACAGACUGCUGUUUCUUGGAGCCCAAGAAAUUUUUAAAAAAAGAGAGGGAAAAAAAAGAAAGUGAAUGCAGAACUGGGUUAAAAUAUAAAUAUAAAUGAUGCAGAUUAAUUUAAAAUAUAUAACAAAUACUAUGUACAGAGGUAAGAUUUUUUUUGUUGUUGUUUUGUUUAUGGUCUGUGGUCCUAUAUGAAGAACAACCCCCCCCUCUCUGUCUUCAGGAGGAAGAGCCUCAGCUUCCUGUAAAACUAUGUGCUGCUUCAUUUUUUUAAAAAGAUUUUUUUUCCCGAGUUUUGAGACUGAAGUGUGCAUAUGUGUGUUCUGAUGAAACCGAAAAGCUAGCUAACACGAAGACUUUGUGUGUAACACAACUCAUUUUUGCUUCCUGGACACUGUCCAGAUGUGUAGAUAUUUAUCACAAUGGAUUAUUCUGUACUCUUAAAAGUCUGGUGCAUUGGAUGGUCAUCUCUCCCUCUAUGUAUCUCUCUAUCUCUAAAAAAACAAAAACAAAAGGAAUAUGCGAGGUCCUUUGAGCCAGACAUCUGUGAACAUACCUCCUCAGUACUUUGUUAAAAGUUUAGUCAAGAGCACUGCACUGAUCGGUGUUCUCCUGGCUAAGAAAAUAACACAUAACCAGUAACAUGUCUAACCUAAACUAAUAUAGACAGGUAGUGCAGUAAUACGUCUAACCAAUCUAAUGUAGACACAGGUAGUGACUUUACUAUCCAUUAAAUGAGCAAUAAAGGGAGGCUUGGGUUAGCUGGGAUAGGUUUGCUUUCAGUGUUCGGUGACUCACUCAAACUACUUACGGUUUUGGCUCUGCUCCCUGUUGCAGGUGCUCUGCGAUGUUGAUGCACUGUGAGGUUUGUGUGUGUGUGUGUGUGUGUGUGUGUGUGCGUGUGUGUGUUCUGGCAAAGGAUAAGCCACUCCGUGCUACAAACGCAAUGUCCUGUUUUCUGUUUCUAUCUUCAAGAACAUGAUCCCCAGGACCAAAUUUUGGCACAUUCACAAGCGCAUAAUCCAUUCUUGAAAAAGGCGUGUGAUUUGAUCAGGUUGACAAGGGAGCGGGGAUCACAGAUAUGACACGGAGUAGUACAGAUCCAAGAGAGUCCGUGUUCAAAAUCAUCAAUGGCCCGUAAAUAAAGGGUGCUAUCUAUCCUAACCCCCAAGAGCAAGGUGCUCUGUCUGCUUCUUUUUAGCUGUUUCUAAUUUAUAAUGAUCCAUGCCAAUGAAAGGUGAAUGGCUGGUUUUGCCAAGCUUGGAGCUGCGUUUGUUUUUUAGCGAGAAGGGGAUGGUCACCUGGGCAGCCAGCUUUCAGGGGAGUCAGGCCUGUGCAUGGAGUGGUGUCUGACCCAGUGGGUUACACCAACCAUGUCACACUGGUCUACAUUAAGCAAUGCAGUAGGCAGGAAUUUGGAGAGAGGCACGCAACCACCAGCACGUCCGACACGACAGCCUCUCCCUGAUCUUAUACAAAACUUGAAUAUAUCUUUCAGCCAGGGCGGUGACAUUUCGAGCAAAUGUUAGCUUGACGUCACACCCAGCGCACAAGUUGGCUUCCAUUGUUCCAAAAUGGAAAUGCUGUAGACUCUCUGCUUUUUUUUCCUUUUUUUUUCCAUUGAGAGGACACGGUGGCGAGGGAAUGCUGGUACUACUGAAGUGAUUCAUGUGAUGAUAUAUAUUGUACAACUGUCCAAUCAGAGACUGCGAUCAAAGGAAUCCCUGUCAUUGUAAAGAGGACAGUGGCCGCUUGGAAUUCCAUUGGUCUGGGAGAUUCUUCAGUGCACACCAUCAGUGUACUGGGCUUUCAUUGGUCGCCUGGUUGAGAUGAGCAACGCCCCCCCCCCCCCCCCCAACCCCCUCGGAACUCUCUAACAACGGCUGUUUCAACAGGUGUUGUCUUCCGGCCACAGACCACUCUAUAGUUUCUAUGUAACCAAGAGGAUGGUGAUAAUGAAACUGGGGUCAUUUUAAUUUCUUAUAUUGUACAAACAUUGUGUAGAAAAUCGGUGUCUAAUCGUAGAAAUAAGAAGUGAUUUCUUUUUCUUCCCCACUAUAAAUAUUUAUGAUGUGCUGUAUACCUUUUUUGGCAGAGGUGUAAAUAGAUGUCUCUGAAUAUUCAUUUACCAGUAUCUGUGAUUUUUUUGUUGUUUGUUAAAAGAAUAGAAAAAAAGGAGAAAGAAAUAUCCCAAAAACUGUGACUCAUUUUUGUUGCUCUAUAUCCUUGAACAGAGCAGAGAGAGAGAGAGAGCUGAGCUGAGGGACGGUGAUGACAGAGCAAAUGAGAAAGCUUGCUUUAUUGCUCAAACAACUGACAGAGACAGACAGCAGUUCAGUAAAACCUGAUCUCCACCAUGGUACCCUCCCCAUGAGAGAACACACUGCUAUCCCAGAGGAACCCACAUAAAUCUUUAAUGUGUCAUAGUAACGUUAAUGCAUGUUUAAUUUUAGCUUCGUAUAGCAGAGACCCUACAGAGCUCCCAUUCCCUUGGCCACGCCUGGAAAAUGGCCAGUCUGUACACAGUUUUGACUCCCAUAAUAAAUUAACAAUGCAAAUGUGUCUCAAAAACAGCUUUUUGAAGGACCCAAGUCUGACUAAACACUUGAAAUCUUGUGAAUAUUUCCUUGUGUAUUGCCAACAACUAAGAACCUUCUGGAAAUUGGCAGGGGCAUCUGGAUUGAUUUGUGAUCGUAUUUAUGAAUAACACUGCUUAUUUACUAAAAUUAUUGAACUAAUUGGGGCCCUGCAUAUUCUGUUUGCAGUAAAAAAAAUAAAUUAAUAAAUACAUCUCCUGUUGUACUGUAAUAAAUCUGAAAGGACUUGACCAGAUUUGGUUAUCAAUUGCAUUGGUGGUUGAUUCAGUGCAUACUGUAUUCUAGAUGCUGUUUAUUUGGAUUUUCAUAUGUACCUAACACCAUAUGAUAGCCAGUUAUCUGGUUGUACAAACUGUUUAACUGCAGUAUUAGGCACUGGUGGGUCUACCAACAAAAGACAAGAGAUGUCUUUUCAAACAUCCACCUUAUUUCACUUAUGGCAUAGGACACACAGUACAGUUUUUAAAAAGAUUUCUUAUGAUUGUACUUUAAUAUAGCUACAAAUAUUAUCAAAGUGGCUGUUUUCUCCCAAGCUUGUACACAGAGGAAAAAAACGUUACUAUCUUCUGGACAAAUACAAUCACUUACAAGCCCCCACUUAGCAUGAUUCCACUGUCUCAUCAGAUUUCUGUGGAUAGAACCUAAAAAACCUCAGCCCCUCAUUUUAGGCUUGUUUUUUGGGCUUGUUUUUUUACCUUGGUGUUCAUGUCUGGUUCCCAUCAUGUCUUUCUGUAUGUGGCACAUAACAUGUUCAUUUAGUAUUUUCAUUGGCUUUUGGCUGUCCAUCGUGUAGGCUUGGCCAGUGAAAUUCAAAACUAUCCUUGGUUUCAGUUUAAGAUCUUUCAGACUACAGAGGUUGACGCACUGCUAGUAUGUGCUCACAAGACCAAUUAUCAUGAUUGUAUAUCAUCUUGUAAUUACCUCACACAAUGCAAGAUCAAUGCUGUUGAGCCGAUGUUUGAUUUCCGUGUUCAUGCACUGGAUUCCAACGGUAAUCAUAGCAAACUUAACAAACUUGUAAGGGCUACAACAGAGGUUCAAUUUGACUGAAAUUGUACUGUGUGUUCUAGCACGUCACUUGAAAGAAGUCCUUCCUGAAGAUGUUUGAGAUGGUUUCUGUUUACCAUUCUUAAAAUCAAAUUGGUUUUAACUACUGACCUUAAAGGGGUGGUUUUUCUAUUAGACUAUAUAUGUGGUGUGUUUAAAGGUCAGUCUCAAGGCCGUGUCUGUCCGAAAUAGAGCUACUGUUGUGUGUCAUCUGUUUAAUUUUUGCUGUGAAAUGCCUCCCACUGCAAUGUACUUCAAUCACUGGGUUAUAACUGUAUUUUUAAUGUGAAGACUGAAGAUCUCAGAGUAUAUCCAUUGCUUUUCCUGUGGAUUUAAUAUGUAUUCUGUCUGGUUUGCAGUCUGCAACCUCUUGUCAGCCUAAACAUUUCAACGCAUUUCAUGCCAAAUUGAUUUGUCUUCCUUUGGAUCCAAAGUACCCUCCUUAGGUCUGGGGAGUUAAAUUAUUAUUAUUAUUAUUAUUACAAUGAAGACCUUAUUGUGUUGUAACUUUUCACCUUUAAAUUUGCACAUACAGUACCGAUACUUAAACAUCCCCUGGUGCUGCUUAUAAUCCUAAGCCUGCAGGCAUGAUGACAUGUACAUUUGUAUGGCUCAGACCCUCGAAAUUCACAUUGCUUGUGUAGCAGAUUUAAGUUUGAGGUCUGAGAGAGAAUACAGCAAAGGUGGGACCUAUUGGGCAGCAGCAGAGCAUACAACUGCUGUGGAGGAAUACAAUGCGAAUUGCAUUGAAACAUUUGAGCCGAACAUGUAUUAGUUACAGACAGCAAUCAGACAUUCUAACAAGGAAAAAAGGCAAGAAAUGACAGAAGGCAGAGUUUCUAUCUUUACAGUAAAAGCUGAGAUUUCUGGGACUGAGUAUUCCCUAUUCUAUACACUUCUAAGGGGCAAUUUAAGAUAAUUAUUUUUUUUUCCUUUUUUAAAAUGAGUGCAAGAACAUAAACGAAAAUGCUUAAUUUAUUUUAAGUAGCUAAAAUGGUAUAUAACCAAUUAAUUUUAAUCGUCUUCUAAACUGAAAUCCUCUGUAGAAAUGGGACAAUUAAAGUUCUGACUCGACUCUGCCUUAGGGAUGACCACGAAGGAAAGAAAAGACUGUUCCGCCUCCUCCACUGUCGUGGGUUUGGCUUGUCUGUCGAACACAUACUAAGUACAUUCAGCCCACGGUGUAAUGGCCAUUUUGAUGGUCUGAGAGCAACGUACAACGACUAGUCUACAUUAGGUAAUCCCGGCUUCCAAUUAUUUGGUUACGAGAUGACAAAUAAUUAUACCUUUGGUUAUAAUUACACCGACUCUCAUCACGAUGUGAUUGCCAUCCCCUGCGUAUGAGGGUUUAUGUUUUUAUGUGAUUUAUUAUUCUCAAAGAGUUGAUGGUGGUGGGGAAAAGAAUUGCAUGUCAGUGUGAGUGAUUAGAUUUGAACAGAGCCCCUGCAUACACUUUGCAUCUACGAAAGGCUUAAAUUACACUUAGUUUGGAAGCGGGGCACAAGAAUGCUCCAGAGAUCUCUCGGCACAGAAAUAAAACACGGGCCUGCUCUCUCUCUCUCCCUCGCUCUGUCUCCCUCCUUCCAUCUCUCACCCUCUCUCUCCAUCUCUCUCUCUCUCUCUCUCUCUCAUGAUCAGUAUGCAAUUGUAGAAGAGCUGCUAUUGUAAGACUGAUUUCUUCUGCGAAAGCUGCUUGAAUCUGCCGUCCGCCGCACAGAAAGAACCGGGCUGGGUGUCAGAUCCCAGGGCAUCAAUGUCUUAGUUGGAGAUGGAAGGGGUGUGCACACUGGAAUGGGACAUGAAAUCGCUCAUUGUGUGUUUCAUUUAGGAACCUCUGCUGUUGCCUUUGUACUACGUUCUGGCUCAGUGUACUACAAUGUGACGACAUGCUUUUUUUUUUUUUUUUUUUAAAGUGAGACCGUUUUAGCAGUGCACUAAAUGUACAAUAAAAAAAAAUAAAACAAUGAUGAAGUUUA